AUGCUAAAAUGCACUAAAGUUUCUAUCACGAGGGAAAAACACACCCGGGAUUAUGUCCCGGAAGGAGCUAUCUCGUUCAGUGACAAAGACACCGAGGGCAUCAUCCAGCCUCACAAUGAUGCAUUGGUAAUAUCCGUACUUAUUAAUAAAUCUCGGGUUAAACAUGUGUUGAUUGAUUCAGGUAGCUCGGUCAAUAGUAUCUUAUCGAGGAUUGUAGAACAACUGGGGUUGCAGGACCAAAUCGUACUGGCAAUGCGGGUAUUGAACAGAUUCAACAUGGCGUGCGAGACCAGGAAGGGUGAGAUAACUUUACUGGUAAACACUGCCGAGACCACCCAAGAAAUAAAGUUCUACGUGUUCGAAGGGGAUAUGAGGUACAACGCCUUGUUCAGAAGGCCAUGGGUUCACAGCAUGAGAGCGGUGCUUUCGACCUUACAUCAGGCGCUGAAAUUUCCGACCCCGGGAGGAGUCAUAGUCUACGGGGAACAACUUGCUGCAAAGGAAAUGUUCGCUCUCGAUGAAGUAAUCCUGGUGCCAGCGGUUUCGAUAUAA